AUGGGCAAUUUAGGGUCCCAGACGAGUCUUUACAAUAGACUGGUGGCUAUUUUCGUCGCUAUUGGAUCUCUGACAUAUGGGUAUUGCGCCUCUAUCAUCUCCAGCACGAUCGGCCAGCCAGGAUGGUAUACAAACUUCAAUCUUCCACAAUCCGGUGAACCAGGAUACGCGGCGAUAACCACCCCCGCGAUCUCAACUGCGAACGGCGUAUUCAGCGCCGGCGGAGCAGUCGGUACACUCUUCAUGAUGUGGUCGUGCGAAUAUCUCGGCCGGAAAGUGAAUAUCCAAGUGGGCGCUUUCUUCUCCAUGUUCGGAGGAGCCCUGCAGGCCGUCUCCAAUUCUCUCAGGACGUUCCAGGCUGGUCGGUUCAUCUGCGGUCUUGGGAUCGGUAUUUUGGUGACCGUCUGCCCGAUGUACUUGUCUGAGAUGUCGAGCGCUUUCCGUCGCGGCUGGCUGGUUGGUCACCAUGCCAUAUUUCUUGUCUUUGGAUAUAUGCUUGCUGGCUGGGUGGGUUUUGCGUGUCAUUAUGCACAGAAUAGCGCGCCGGCUUUUGGGUGGCGGUUUCCAUUGGCUCUGCAGUGUCUUCCUCCUUUGGUUCUUUUGCUCGGAUCUACCUGGCUUCCUCGGUCGCCUCGGUGGCUGAUUUCGAAGGGGAAAUUUGAGGAGGCUAGUACUGUCCUGGAACGACUCCGUGCGUCGCCGAAUGAUCCAGAUAACUUGGCCGCUAAGGAGGAGUUUUUUCAGACGAAAGAGCAGAUCCGACUGGAAGCGGAGAGACUGGCGACGUACGGAAAUGUGUGGAUGGCUGUUUGGAAGAAGAAGUCUUACAGAAAGCGAAUGAUCAUCGGCUUUCUUACUCAGUGGGGAGCCGAAUUUGGCGGUCCGCUAAUCAUUAAUAAUUACGCAGUUCUUCUAUAUCAAAACCUAGGCAUGAAGGGCGGUAUGCCUCUGCUCUUGAGUGCAAUCUGGUUGACGACGGCAGGUAGGGCAACAACAGUCCAGUUGAUUCUGGGAUGCUCAUUUACCACGUUGACAGGUCUCAUCUACAACCCUCUUGGAGCUUGGCUUCACGAUCAAGUCAACUCCCGACGCAAGAUGUAUCUAACCGGCUUCAUCGGUAUCAUUCUCACCACGUCCUGUCUUGCAGCCAUGACAGCUCAGUACGCGGGCACGACCAACCGGGUAGGGAAUGGGUUUGGCAUCCUUUUUAUGUAUCUUUACUUGGCAUUUCAAGGAACAUUUUGUGACACUACAAUGUAUCUCUACGUGUCAGAAAUAUUCCCAACUGAGAUCCGCCCAAUUGGCAUGGGGUUUUCCUUAUUUGGUCAAUUUGCAGCAACACUCAUCCUUCUUGAGACUGCACCCAUGGGAUUUGAUAACGUAGGAUGGAAAUACUACCUCGUUAUCAUAUGCUGGUCCGCAUUCUUCAUUCCAGUCAUCUACUUGUUUUUCCCGGAAACUGCUCGCCUAACUCUAGAAGAGAUUGCAAAAAACUUCGGUGAAGAAGUCGCGGUGCAUCUCACAGAUGCCACUGAUGAAGAGAAGACUCAGCUUGAUCAACGGAUUGUCCAAUCCAGUGGCCUCCAGGCGAUUGACAUAUCAAGUACUUCAAAGGAUGUAAAUCAUGAAACCCGCUCUAAGAUUUAG